AUGACAGAACCUCAAUACCAACAAUUCCGAUACAACAACCUCAUUGAGGAAGUUUGUGUCAGAACUGCCCCCAUCUCCACAAGCAAUGGCAACUUGUCGUACUGUGUGACUUUGCAAGACAUUCAACAAGUGUUUCCAGGUGCGCUCCGAUUCAAACUUGAUGGGCAUCCUGUUCCAUUCCUUGCAGACCAUAACGGCACCUGGAUCGAGCCUUUGCGCAUUGCAUCCUAUCCUGGCAUGAUUCUGGACGUCUUUGCGGAAGUAUCACAGUCCAGUAGUGGCAACAGCGAAAGCAACAGUAGCAGCAAUGCCGUUGUCUAUUUGCCGACAUCGAGAGAGGCUGAGAAUGUAGUCCCUCAGAACCCUCCUUUGCCUAUAUCAAACUUGGUUCAAGCUCACAACCCAUCUCUUACUGAUGAUAUUAAAGAGAUUAAAGUGUUGCUUCAAGGGGAGAUUAAAGUGUUGCUUCAAGAGGGGAUUAAACUGCACCAUCAAACCCUUGACAGACUUGCCAUCCUUCAACAGAAAGCCGAUGCUAUCCUUGUCCAGACCUUUGAGCUACACGAGUAUCCAAUCCCUCGACUCUUUAUCAUUCUGCCUGUUGACAACACCAACUGGGAUCCGAUGAAUAUCUUGAGGAACAAGGUUCGCCUUCACUUCUUAUGUGAAUGUGAGGAUCGCUCUGAAAAGGCAAGCAAGAACAGCCAGAAGAAUAAAACCCAUCUUGCCAGACAUGAAGGAUAUGAGAUCCGAAACAGCACAGAGUUCUUUCAAAAAUAUGGGAAAUACAUGAUCAUCUUAUUACAAGGACUCAAGUUGGGGAUGGGAACAUCUCCAGGUUCUUCUUUGACACCAGCCUCGAACCUAAUCGAUGCCGGUAUUAAAUAUUCGAUCGACUAUUUGGAUGAACUCACAAAGGAAAACCCAGCCUUGAAUGACUUCAACACAAUGGAUGACUAUGAGGGACUUGAAGGAGCAGAUCUCCGACGGCUGAGCACAUUCCUUCAAACCAAUGAUGAAAACAGGCAGCUUGGCAACUUGUACAGGACUACGACCGAAAGGGGGCAUGUCAAAUGGGUUUGUGUCGAUCACUAUCGCUCAACGUAUAAAGAGAAAGAACAGAAAUCGUUUGAAGAUGUUGUGGCGAUGAAUGGAGGCAAAUAUGACUCACAGCUCGGUAAAGUGGUCAUUGAGCUGAAAUCCAGGAUCACAGCUAGAGAGUUCUUCGAAGCCUUGACCAAAGCUAAACAUAUUUACGAGUUGGAGAUCACAUUCAGCAAGGACUGGGAUUGGACCAGGACUGAUCUGGAAGCGCUGAAGAAUGCACUAAGCGUAUCGAGUGUAUCGAUCCUUCGACUUGACCUUGGAGAAUCUCAAGGAAGCAUAGUCAGGAAACUACUUUCAACAAGGCAUGAAAAACUUGUAGGCAUCAUAGAACUUAACAAUAUGAAGACGAUUCAUGUUGUACUUCCUCCGGAAGCCAAACAUCUUUCCAAUCUACAAAGCGUAAAAUCGUCACAUCUUCACAAGUUAUCCAUUGGGAUGAGGCCUCGAAGGAUGAGAGCUAGUGAAUUUCCACCGCUUAUAAAUUCACUCGAGGCUUUGGCCACUUUGGACUUAGCAUCUAACUCGAUUGGGAAUAAAGAGGCCCUCGCACUUUCAAAAGUACUCAAGACAAACACCAGUUUGACCAAUUUGGACUUGAGUUACAAUUCAAUUGGGGAUGAAGGAGCUCUGGCACUGUCAGAGGCACUCAAGACAAACUCCAGUCUGGCCAAUUUGAACUUGAUGAGCAACUCUAUUGGGGAUGAAGGAGCUCUGGCACUGUCAGAGGCACUCAAGACAAACUCCAGUCUGAGCAUUUUAGAUCUGCAAAGCAACUCAAUUGGGAAGAAGGGGGGUCUGGCACUCAUGGAUACGCUCAACAGUGGCACGGCUUUAAGCACUUUAGGAGCUCUGGUACUGGCAGAGGUACUCAAGACAAACUCCAGUCUGACCGAUUUGGACUUGGAGAGGAACUCAAUUGGGAAGGAAGGAGCUCUGGCACUGUCAGAGGCACUCAAGACAAACUCCAGUCUGACCAAUUUGAACUUGGAGAGCAACUCAAUUGGGAAAGAAGGAGCUCUGGCACUGUCAGAGGCACUCAAGACAAACACCAGUCUGACCAUUUUGAACUUGGAGAGGAACUCAAUUGGGAAGGAAGGAGCUCUGGCACUGUCAGAGGCACUCAAGACAAACUCCAGUCUGACCAUUUUGAACUUGGAGAGCAACUCAAUUGGGAAAGAAGGAGCUCUGGCACUGUCAGAGGCACUCAAGACAAACUCCAGUCUGACCAAUUUGGACUUGAGUUACAACUCUAUUGGGGAAGAAGGAGCUCUGGCACUGUCAGAGGCACUCAAGACAAACACCAGUCUGACCCAUUUGAACUUGGAGUACAACUCAAUUGGGAAUGAAGGAGCUCUGGCACUGUCAGAGGCACUCAAGACUAAUGCCAGUCUGACCCAUUUGAACUUGGAGAGGAACUCAAUUGGGAAGGAAGGAGCUCUGGCACUGUCAGAGGCACUCAAGACAAACUCCAGUCUGACCAAUUUGAACUUGUACGGCAACUCAAUUGGGAAAGAAGGAGCUCUGGCGCUGUCAGAGGCACUCAAGACAAACACCAGUCUGACCGAUUUGGACUUGUACGGCAACUCAAUUGGGGAAGAAGGAGCUCUGGCACUGUCAGAGGUACUCAAGAAAAACAGGGCUUUAAAGGUUUCUGUAUGAGGAAUACUUUAAUCGAUAAGUAAAUAACUCUGGUGCUGUUAAUGCCGCUUAUUAUUGGCUGGCGUUGAUUUAGUUGGUUGGUUUGAUCAUUGAAGUAGUGAUGAGGUCUUUAGUGGUUACGGAUAGUAGUUUGAUUUGGAUUAAAAGCUGACUUACGGCAGCUAAGCGUCCGUAGCAGCGCUG